CUGUAAAAACUAAAUCGACUUCGACGAAAAAACCUUCCUUUAAAAAAACUCCAACUAUUAAAAUAGUUGAUGUUAAAUUCCCACCUACAUUGAAUGUUGAAUACUUUGUUCAAAAAAAAAAGCAACGCGUACUAAAAUUUCCUAAUGCGUUUGUAUUCUUCAGAUCUGUCUAUAGCCAAACGUUGCGCGAUGAAGGGAUAAAGCUCUCUCAAAGCGAUGUUUCUGCUUCAGCAAGCUUCGUCUGGCAUAAUAAUUUAUCGACAGAAGUAAAGGAUUUUUAUUUUAAUUUUGCUUCCAAUGUACGCAAUCAAUACCUAAGGAAGCAUCCCGUCACUUAUUAUAAGUGUGAAUGGAAAUCCGAAUCUAAAUCUAUGGUUACGUCAAAGGACGAACCAAAAAAGUUGAAGACAUUCAAUUUUAUAUAUGAACAUCAAAAUCCUAAAAUCGUGAAACCAACCUCUUUACAAGAGAUACCUCAGCCGACCAAAGUAAUUCCAUCUCAAAUGAACAAUGUCAUUAAUCAACCCAUUAAUAUGACUUCUUGGAGCAAUAAUAUUUUUAGAGGACAACCUUCUCUCUUUAAUAAUGGAAAUCAAGCCUUAUUGGCUGCUGGAUCGAAUUUAUUUUGCGACCUUCAAUUAGAUACUAUCAAUUUUGAUCACUUAUUUUCUAGCGGGGGAUCCGAUGAUAAUGAAAGAGAAAUUUUUAAUCUUUGUACUUGUACAAAUUUUAAUGAUAUUAAUAAUUUUAUUCUUUCUACGCAUGAAUAA